AUGGCUUCAGGAAGGCAAGCAAUGAACAAACUCGGCGAUAUGCUACCAAGGGGUGGCGGUAAAGGCAUAUUUGCUGGAACCGGAGCACUUGUAACCUUAGUAGCAUUUGGGUUUGGAAUUAACGCUAUUGACGGUGGUCAUCGUGCGAUCAAGUACACCCGGUUAUUCGGAGUUAAAAAAGAAAUCUUUAAUGAAGGUACUCACUUUGUGAUUCCGUGGUUUGAGACACCUAUUAUUUAUGACGUCAGGGCAAAACCAAGAAACAUCGCGUCUUUGACUGGCACAAAAGAUCUUCAAAUGGUGAAUAUUACGUGUCGUGUAUUAUCUAAACCCAAGACCGAUUCUUUGGCUACUAUUUAUCGUACCCUUGGAACGGAUUAUGAUGAACGUGUUCUUCCAUCUAUUGUAAAUGAAGUAUCACGUCUUGUUAGAGAUAAUCUGACACGUCGCGCUCUACGUUUCAAUAUAAUCUUGGAUGAUGUUUCUAUUACUCACGUUGCAUUUUCCCCAGAAUUUACUCAUGCAGUAGAGGCUAAACAAAUUGCUCAACAAGAAGCACAAAGAGCAUUCUUUGUUGUAGAACGUGCAAAACAGGAAAAACAAUCGAUUAUUAUUAGAGCAGAAGGAGAGGCAAUAUCAGCAGAAUUGAUUGGUGAAGCAGUCAAGAAUAAACCAGGUUUCAUCGAAUUGAGGAAAAUUGAGACUGCUCGAGAUAUUGCUUCUAUUUUAUCCAAAUCUCAAAAUCGUGUAUUGUUAGAUUCACAAGCUUUAUUGUUAAAUGUGGCUGAUGUUACAAAGCACGCUAAAAGAUACCUCAUGAUGUAUCAUCCUAAUGCGGGCUAUGAAAUAGCAGAAACGAGCAGAUAUACAGGUUCACCCAAAAGGGAGGCUUGUAUUAUAGCUACAAAAAAGUGGCACGUUGGGGACGAAGUAAAAUAUUGCACUGGAACGCUCGUUCAUCUUACUCCCGAUGAAGAAAAGGCGUUAGAGGGUGGCCGUGAUUUCUCGGUCAUGUGGUCCUCACGGAAAGACGCGAUGUGUCUUUUAUUGGGCCCUGCUAGAUUCGUGAAUCACGACUGCCGCCCUAAUACGGAGUUUAUUUCUGCAGGGCAAAACGCCAUAUCAUUUAAAUUCAUAAAAGAUGUAAACGUCGGUGAGGAGAUAACGGCGUAUUAUGGUGACAAUUACUUCGGAUCGAACAACUCGGAAUGCCUAUGCGCAACAUGCGAGCGCAAUCAAACAGGUUCAUUUCAAAAGGUGGGAGCAACGGAGGAUCCCUUAAUAGAAGGAUUGCGGCCAUUUGUAUAUGAUGACAAGGGCACAUUGGUUCGACGAAUGGCCACGAAUAGCUUCAUGAAUAAACCAACGAAAAGAUCUGUAAAAUCUAGAAAACAAAUUACAAAUACUAUUAUUAAUGAAGGUGAAUGCAGUACAUCUGCUACCACUCCACAUGCUUCAGGGGAUGAUCAUAUGAUAAUUGAUGGUGAACAAGAAGACAAUAAUUAUGAUCAAGCUACUUCAGUUAUAUCUUUUGCUGAUGACGCUUCAACAGAACCUUCAACACUUGAUGAAGCUAUAAAUAUUCAUGAUAUUCACGACGAUAUUCACGACGAUAUUCACGAUAUUCAUGAUAUGGAGAUUCCUGAUAUUCAUAAUGAAGAUCAUAUUACUUCAAUUAUUUCUGAUGAUGGUUCAGCCGCUCCAACAAAUGUUUCGAUAAUUGAGGAUCCCGAUGCUCCGAUGAUGAAUAUUUCUAUUAAUCAUGGUCCUGCUGCUCCAAUGAUGAAAAUUUCUAUUACUGAUGGUCCAGCCACUUCAAUUAAGAACAAUUCUAAUAAUUCUGAUAAGGAUAUACCAAUAAUGAACAUUUCCAUUACGGAUGGUCCCUCCGCUCCACUGAUGGAUAACUCAGAAGAGGAUAUUCCUGAAGCCCCGAUAAUGAAAAUUUCUCUCAGUGAAGGUUCUGUUGCCCCAAUAAUUAAUAUCCCUAGUUCAGAAAGCAAUACUGCUUCUGUUAAUGUUUCUGAUACAAGUCUACCCUCCACCCCAAUAAUUAAUCCUCCUAUCUCUUUUCCGAUUGGUUCUGCCUCUUCACCGACGAAUAAUCCUGAUACAGAUAAUUGCGAAAUUCCAUUUAAUGGCGAUCGCUCAUCAAAUCCACCGAAACAAUCGGAUCCAAAUAUUUCCACGAAUUUUGUUACCGAUGAAGAACCUCUUCAUAUCACCGAAAAUGAAUUUAUACCUAUGCCACCAGAAAAAGUUAUAGAUAAUAAUGAUAGUAGUGAACUUAUGACGGAUCACCAAAAUUUAAGAGCACCGUUGCCUUCAUAUACGAACGCAUUGCCUCAAGGAAAUAUUGCUAAUUUCAGACCUCAAAGAGUCGGAACUGUAUCUACGGUUGGUCCACAUUAUCAAAGUGAAGGAAAUAAACCAAAUUUCGAAAGAUCGAUUUCUCAAAAAGGAGAGCCAAUGAGCUUUAGAACUUUGAUUUCUACGACUUUACCUUAUAAUAAUGGUGGUCAAUCUAAGGGUGUAUCAAAACCAACUAUCAAUACAACCCUUAAUUUGUUAGCAACGAAUUCGCAUAUUGUACCAACGGAGCCAAAUAACUCUUCAAAUAAUUCACAAUCAACGGAUGUAACAUACUCUGGUCCCUCUUCACAUAGCCCAGCUUUCGAUGCAGAACCUCGACAUAUGAGUGAUAAUUCUACUACCAUGAAUAACAUGAAUAAUGAGCCAAGAAACGUUAAUUCUGCUAAUGUCAAUACGGUUCAUUUUGCAUCAGAUAAAAAUGAUUUCUGGGGAGGAGUUAAUGUGGCCACUUCACCAGAUGUUAGGGUUGUUUGGUGGAUUUCAACCAUGCGUAGGAAUAAUGACACUACUUGUUUAAAUCAAGAAUCCGUAUUACAGUCAGGUCCAACAAUUGAAGAUAAUUCACAAUCUAUGCCAUCAUCUAAUGCUUCAAGAAUGUCAAUUGCCUAUCUUUGUGCAAAUGAAACAUCCAAUAUGAACAUUGACUUGAAUGAUAGCCCCUCAAUUCCUAAUGUAGUUUCUUUACAGGAAAUUACUAGACGUUGUCGUACUUGCCGUGAAAAGCAUAAAGUUAACGUAACUGAGACUAUCAACAAAAGAUGUCCAAGAUGCACGCGUCAUUACAAUUUGUUUAAAAUUGAAUGGCCAUUGCGUAAGCUCCCGACCCCGAAAAAGGCCAAGGAUAAUAAGAAUUCUCGGUUAACAAAAAACGGAACAGCUAUAAAAUCGAAAAAUAAUCGAUCUUCAUCGAGACCACGAAAUCGUCAUAAUAAUAAUUUACCGAUCCCUGAGCCCUCCGAAGAAUGGAAACCACACUAUCAUAAAGAUUUUACAGUAAGUACACAACGGUACAAUAAAUACGUCGAUAAUGAAUGUAUUCCCAGCUCAGCUUAUGAAUAUGAAUUGCGAGGAGAAUUGAUUCGUUGGGAUGCUAAUACUGGGUUCGUCCAUAUGAACCCACUAAAACGUCUCUUUGGCAAUCCAGCCUUGCGCUUGGAGAAGCUUGACUGUUUUAGGUCAAGUUGGAAUAAUGAUAAGCUUGUAAUUGUUGGGGGAAAUAUAAAAUAUCAAGGUACUUGGUAUCCAUUUGAACAUGCAAAGCAAGUUGUUGAAGAGGUAGUUGGAUCAAGUGACACAGGAUUUUACUCAUUAUUUGGUCCCCCAAAUGUGGAUCACGAAUCUUCCGCGUCUUCAAGUAAAAGGAAGCGUGAAAAAGAUGAUGAACACUUAGCUGAGGGCUCAAAGAAAAAGCCUCGUACCUAA